ACAGAGUUUGCGCCUGCGCAGUGGGCGGCUCUGGGGUGGAGCAGGUUUAUAUUCGGGGAGGAUCAGCUGACGCUCUGCAUUGCAGACUGCGGAGUCAGGCAGCGCCAUGUACGCACUGUUCGUCCUAGCCAGCCUCCUGGGCGCCGCUGUCGCCAGCCCUGUACUGGGCCUGAAGGAAUGCGCCCUCGGCCCGGAGCUGUGGUGCCAGAACGUGAAGACGGCGUCCGACUGCGGGGCCAUCAGGCACUGCCUGCAGACCAUCUGGAGCAAGCCCACGGUGAAAUCCCUUCCCUGCGACAUAUGCAAAGAAGUCAUCACUGCAGCCGGCAACAUGUUGAAAGACAAUGCCACCGAGCAAGAGAUCCUCGUGUACUUGGAGAAGACCUGUGACUGGCUUCCCAAACCGAACAUGUCUGCCUCGUGCAGGGAGAUCGUAGACUCCUAUCUCCCAGUCAUCUUGGACAUGAUUAAAGGACAGAUGAGCCAUCCCGAGGAGGUGUGCGCCGCUCUCAACCUCUGUGAGUCCCUUCAAAAGCACUUGGCGGUGCUGAGUCACCAGGAACAGCUUGAGUCCAAUCAGAUCCCCGAAGUGGAUAUGGCUGAGGUGUUGGCUCCCUUCAUGGCCAAUGUCCCCCUCCUCCUCUACCCUCAGGAUGGCCCCCACAGCGAGCCCCAGCCAAAGCCUAAUGAGGACGUGUGCCAGGACUGCAUUAAGCUGGUGACUGACGUCCAGAGUGCUGUGAGGACCAACUCCACCUUUGUCCAGGCCUUCGUGGAGCAUGUCAAGGAGCAGUGUGACCGCCUGGGGCCCGGCAUGGCCGACAUGUGCAAGAACUAUGUCAACCAGUAUUCAGAAAUUGCUAUCCAAAUGAUGAUGCAUAUGGAACCCAGGGAGAUUUGUGGGCUGGCUGGUUUCUGUGACAAGGUGAAGGAGAUGCCCAUGCAGACUCUGGUGCCUGCUGACGAGAUCUCAGAGGACGUCAUCCCUGCCCUGGAGCUGAUGGAGCCCAUCCAGGUGAGCUUUAUCCCAGGACUGUCCAAGCUUUUAUGUAAAGGCUGCCAGGUAGCUGUGAAGGACGUGGUCAAGCUGAUUGCUGGCAAAAAGGCUGAGGAGGAUAUACUUGGUGCUCUUGACAAAGUGUGCUCAAAGUUGCCCAAGAUUUUAUCCAGGCAUUGUCAGAAGCUGGUGAACGCUCACGGCAAGUCCAUCCUUUCCCUCCCCGAGCAGUUGGCGAACUCUGAGUCGGUGUGCGGGGUACUCCAUCUCUGCCCCCAGAAUCUGCCUAUGCUGACGGUACAAGUGACAGCUCUGUCGAAGAGUGGGGGCUUCUGUGACGUGUGCAAGAUGCUGGUGAGCUAUUUGGACCACAACCUGGAGAAAAACAGCACGAAGGAGGAGAUCCUGGCUGCUCUCGAGAAAGGCUGCAGCUUCCUGCCUGACCCAUACCGGAAGCAGUGUGAUCAGUUUGUGACCCAGUACGAGCCUGUGCUGAUAGAAAUCCUGGUGGAGGUGAUGGAUCCUUCCUUCGUGUGCCUGAAAAUUGGAGCCUGCCCCCCAGCCCAUCAGCCUCUUUUGGGAACUGACAAGUGUGUCUGGGGUCCAAGCUACUGGUGCCAGAACAUGGAGUUGGCAGCCCUGUGCAACGCUGUCGAGCAUUGCAAACGUCAUGUAUGGAACUAAAAGGAAUGCUCCAUCGUGGAGAAGUGGCAGCAUCUUUUCCCGCUUGUGUCUGGAGGAACGCACAUACCGAUCUACUGACUUUGUCACAAAAAUAGGGCCCCCCUCUCCCUCAGUCCUUUUCGUCUCUCCCUCAGUGUAGCGAUGCCGUCAGCAGGUUGCUGACAGAGCUGCUUCAGUGUCCCUUUCCUCUCCGCUAGCUAGACGCCGACAUACUGUACACUGGAGGUCUUGUGAGCGUGUCCCUGUGUGGUGGGUACCCGGAGGAGCUGGGCUCUGGCCAGAGCCUCUUGACAGAGGUUGUCCCUUCUCCUGGCUGAGCCUUGGAUGCUGAGGCCUCCACCUGCUCUAAGGAGGGACCUCCCCCUCCUGGGCCUGCUGACUGCAAAACAAAGGCAGUUUUAUAUGAAAGAUUAGAGGCUUAGAAUGAUUAGGCCUUGGAAAUGACAUAGUUCUCCCGGCUAGAGCUUUUGAAGGCAGCAGCUCAGGAGAUCGGGUGGGGCCGGGCUGCUAUCCUCGGGUCAACCAUCAGUUCUGUUUUCCUGUGUCUUUCCCGGUGUUGCCUGGUUUGGGGUUCUGUGGGUUUGGGUGGGAGGGAGAAAAAAAAUCCACCUGAAUAUAACCUGCUAGCUCUUUGUGGAGGUCCUGGGGGCCUGCUUUUGUGUGUGAGCGCCAACAGUGGUGGCCGCCACAUGCCUGCUCGUGCGUCCACCCGGCUACUGAGGCCCGGGGCCCCCACUGCUCUGGGCAGUCCAGCCCCCUCCCCUCUGACCCCUAUUUUGUAGAUGUUCUUUUUGACCUGCAAGUAGAAUGUGGAUGACAAGCUCCUAAGCCUCUCGGCCUUCCAGGUAGAGGGUCUGCUGGGUGUGCUGUCCUGGGGUGGCUGGGGGAGCGCCUCUCCCCUUUGCAUCUUCUGCUCCACUUCCGGUUGCCAGGAGAUGGCAAGAUGUGCAGUUGCUAUUAAAUGAACUGAAUGAUUUUUGUUUUGUUUUGCACUAAAAUUUCUGUGAUUUAACAAUAAAAGUCUGCCAACCAGA